AUGAAGAGAUAUGACAGUCUUGCUCCAGAGGGUAACACACCAGGACCACAGAGGUCUGUGGACGGUUGGAUCCUAUUUGUAAGCAAUGUACAUGAGGAAGCCCAGGAAGAAGAUAUACAGAACCAAUUCUCAGAAUUUGGAGAAAUCAAAAACAUUCAUUUGUAUCUUGAUCGGCGCACUGGCUUCCUUAAGGGUUAUGCCUUAGUUGAAUAUGAAACAUACAAACAGGCAGCUAGUGCACGCGAGGCUCUCGAUGGAGCUGAUAUUCUCGGACAAGCGAUAUCAGUAGACUGGUGCUUUGUAAAGGGGCCCACUAAAACUCACAAGAAACGACGAUAGUCGAUAUUAUAUUUUAACUCUUAUUAUGUAUCGCACUUUAAAAUAUAUAUCUGGACGUAUCAUAUUAAAUGUAAAUAGUCUCAAUAUCUUGUUACUAUUAAUAUAUGAAUGAAUCAACAUAAAUUAACAUAAAAUUUAACACUGGAGAAAAGAUGUUUAUGAAAU